CUCUUAUACCUAUCAGGGACGUCGCUCCACGUCUCGAGAUAUCAUCAAUCCGCAGGUACUUCUUCGCAAAAAUAAGAACAGAGUGCGACGAUCCUGACGCCUCAGGCGACAUGUUCUGCCGAGUCGUUACUAACGGUCAGCACUGUGUAGCGCAUGAGACACGUGAAAAAGGAACACCCUCUGAUGCUUGAUCAACUCAUCGACUUCUGAAUGGGCCAAGGAGAAGACCCUCUUGCCUCUAAUCCCGUUACAUCUCGGCAACCUGACUCGAUGUUCCGUCGAUCGACAAGACCGGGACACAACAAACCUCAAGAUGAUAAUAGAAUGCGCGAGCUCUCAGUCGUUUUGGCAAAGGGCAUUGCACUCGGCCAGUAUCCAAUCUCAAUUACGGAAAGUGAUCUGGUGAAGAGCUUGGUGCGCUUCUUCGGCCCGAGCUGUGUUGAACCAAGCCGUGACUCCAGCGAGGACUCUUUGAUGCGUGUUUACUACCAAUUGGCUCAUGAUGUGAAGCAGAUUUUUCUGAAAGACGUCGCUGUUGGGUCAUUCACUGCUGAUACAUGGUCGAGCAAAGGAAACCGCAAAUUUUUAGGUCUGACUUUUCACUACCUUCAACCAGACUUUACUCCACGAUCUGUGGAAAUCGGCUUCGUACCCUUGGAACCCUCACACAGGAGAAAUUCUCCGAGAUGUGAUGCCGAAAAUUUUUGAAGAAUGGGGUCUUCAGAAUAAAGUCGCUUGUGGACGACGGAUCAAGGAGCCAAUAUUAAGAAAGCCAUGGGUCUUCUCAGCGAAACAAAGAGUUAUGAAUGGUGUCCCUGCUCUUCCCACAACAUACAGCUAUGCGUGAACACGGCCAUCUCGGAAGCAGCAGAUGUCGGG